UGCCAUCUGCUACCAUAUAAUCGCAGAGUACGAAACAGUUAACCUUAACCUGUACAUUUUUUACGUAACUGUCAACAAAAAUUUCAAAUGCCUUCAAAAACUAUAGAAAAUAUUCCCAAACUUGAUAACAAUUUAGAACCGCACCAGGAUGAAUUUCAGCAGCUAGGAGAACUGGCAGGAAUUUAUAUGGACCAUAAAGUAUUCAGAAUCCUUAUUGAAUUGCUGAACAUGGGCAUUGAUCCAGAUACUAUUUACAAUCUACUAAAAACCAUCAAGCGAUCAAGAAAUCCAAAAUCUCGAUCUUCGGUAACAUCUCAAAAAUCUUCAUCAAGAAGUAAAAACUAGAAGUUGUUCCUACCUCCUUUUGAUGUAAUACUGUCUAUGAAUUUAUUAUAACAUGUAAUCUACA